AUGGAUGCAACGGAACGCCUUCGAGCUGCGUCCAAGUUCCUUCUGCAGUCCCCUCCGGGUGAAAUCAAUGAUGUCCUGAACGGCGAGUCUGUCCCCUCUGUCACAGAUGUGCGGAACAUCAUCUCGGACGACGACUCUUUGCAAGAAGGCGUGCUGUCAUCGUUGCGAGAAUACAACCUCGCACAAUUUACGAUUGCGGAUGUCCCGGGGCACAACCACCAGUCAAUAAUCAGCGAGGCUGCGCGUGUGUCGAACCUUGCUGGGGACAACCAGGAGGGCGAGCAGCUCGAUAGAUUCUGGGAUCCACGGUCGAGAACAAGUUUCCGCUUCGACCAUCUGAGUCUGGAGACAUCCGAUCCGGAGCCCAUAGAGCCCGAUCCCGAAUCAGAGCCCUUCCGGGCAGCGUUGGAGACGGCAUCCAUUACAUAUCUCUCCGCGCACUUCCACGACGGUGUCACGUCCGUGUUUCCUACCCCAGGCCUCGCGACGCGUUUCUUUGUCCAGAUCGUCGCGAACAAGUAUAACCCUUCGAACUUCUGGUCUGGUAGAUGGCGGUCUGAAUACGUCAUCGAUCUAGAGUCGAAACAGAUCAAGGGUCGCAUGCUCGUGAACGUCCACUACUACGAGCAGGGUAACGUUCAACUAUCUACCACCCACUCUACCGACCUCGCCCUGCCGCCUGCGAUCACAUCAACCUCAGCCACGGCGUCUGCUAACAAGAUCCUCGCCUUGAUCGAAGCUGAGGAGGGCAAGUACCAAGCAUCGCUGAACGAUGCGUACGCGGAUAUGGGUGAGAAGACGUUCAAGGGCCUCCGACGAGCGUUGCCUAUGACCCGCUCCAAGCUAGACUGGGACAGGGUACUGGGCUACAAGCUCGGUGCGGAGCUUUCGUCAAACAGGGGUGCGUUCGGUUCAUCAUGA